UCAAGUGGGCACCUCCGCAGUGCAGCUCUGUAAUUUGCUGAAGGAGGCGAAGAACAUCCCGAGCUCUAAGCAGGGCUUUUAGUGUGCUCAUUGAUGAGUGAAAGUCGCCACACAUGUCAAGCUAAAGGCAGUUGUUGGGUUCCUAACAGGACACAACGUCUUGCAAACAUAUGCGUGAAGCUGUGUCUACAGAUGGCAGGGAGAAUAAUGGAGCAGGCGCCUUUUAUAAAGCUCUAGCUGCUGCCUGUCUUCAGACCUGGGAAAUGAAACUCUUCAGACUCAGGGCCAGCUAGCGCCUGGGCUUGUUUGUUACCGCUUUAAUCCUAUUAAUUAAAACGUUAACCUGAUUGGGUAGAGAGCUCUGUCCCAACAGGCGAGUCUUCUUCAUAAUAACCUACUCGCCGAGCUAAUGAUGUAAAAGACUCCCCCGUCUGCGGCGGCUGCUGGGGCCGGAAAUCUCUUGAAGGUGAAGCCAAGCAAGAUAAACGGCGGACGAGGGGGCUGCUCGCAGCUCACAAUGCCCGAGCGCAUCCCCUGGUGAGAGCUCGCGGCCAGCAGAGAAGGCGACGCGGAGGAGCGCGAGGAGCCGGAGCAGGGCAGGUGCCGGCGGAGGAGCCCGGCGGGCAGCAUGGAGCGGGCGCUGAGCCUAGCCGCGGACGAGGACUUGUUCCACAAGAGUCUCAGCGCCUCGGCCACGAGGAUGGAGGCCGCCUUCCGCGCGCCCCCGGGGCUCGACCUGAGCCACCCGCGCGAGCGCCAGCCCUCGCCCCUCAGCUGCUUCGAGCCGGGCGAGGCGGAGGGGCUGCUGCAGCCCGGGGCGGCGCUGGGGGCCGGCGACCCCCUCGCGCUGCCGGCCGGCUCGGUGUGCGGCAAGUACGGCGAGAGCACCAGCCGCAGCUCGGUGGCGGAGAGCAGCGGCGGCGAGCAGAGCCCCGACGACGACAGCGACGGGCGCUGCGAGCUGGUGCUGCGCGGGGGAGACCCGCGGGCCGCCUCGCCCGGGGCGGGGGGCGCCGGGGGGGGCCUGAAGGCGGCCGAGGGCGGCUGCUCCAACAGCCAUGGCCUGGGCGGGAGCAAGAAGUCGAAGGAGCAGAAGGCGCUGCGGCUCAACAUCAACGCCCGCGAGCGGCGGCGGAUGCACGACCUGAACGACGCGCUGGACGAGCUGCGGGCGGUGAUCCCCUACGCGCACAGCCCCUCGGUGCGGAAGCUCUCCAAGAUCGCCACGCUGCUGCUGGCCAAGAACUACAUCCUCAUGCAGGCGCAGGCUCUGGAGGAGAUGCGGCGCCUGGUGGCUUAUCUCAACCAGGGCCAGGCCAUCUCGGCCGCCUCCCUGCCCAGCUCGGCGGCGGCAGCGGCGGCCGCGGCCGCCGCCUUGCACCCAGCCCUCGGUGCCUACGAGCAGGCGGCCGGCUACCCCUUCAGCGCCGGCCUGCCCCCUGCCAGCUCCUGCCCGGAGAAAUGUGCCAUUUUCAACAGCGUCUCCUCCAGCCUCUGCAAACAGUGCACGGAGAAGCCUUAAAGCCCCCGCCAGGCGCUUCAACCCGGGCAGGGCAAGGAGCUGGCAGGGAGGGACUCGGGGCAAGGACUUAGGCUAAAUCCUCCGUUUCUCGUGGUUAUUAGGCUUAUGGGCUUUUUCCCCCCUUUUUGGAAAGGGCCGCGGGUGGGCUUGGGGGCUUUCCUCGUGGAAGUGGUGACUUGAUCGCAACCAAGACCUCAGCGAAGUAAAAAAUCGCAAUUGUGUGCGCGCGUGUGUGUGUGUGUGUGUGUGGACACAAAGAGAGGCUGAGAAAUAGCAGCUGGGGGAGGAAAAAGGAAGCCCCCCCUCCCCGACUGAUGUAUUUAAAUCCCGCUUACUGGGACUCGAGAACUCUGCCCCAGCGAGCUGAGGCCCGGGGGUGGCUGGCUGGGGUGCGGGUGGCGGGGGCUCCAGCUGCAUGGUCACUGAGACAAAUCAGAAGGGGCACUUGCAACCAAUUCUUUUGAUGCUGAGCCAGGCGCCAAACAAACUUGAAAUGUAGACUUCUUAUUUAAACGAAACCAAGAGACUGAACCAUUGCUAUGAAAGACUGACUUGUAUUUUUUAUUGUCUCUGAACUUUGAUCCUGUGAAAAUGCGCGAAGUUUUGGCGAGAGUGAUUUAAAGAGAGAGAGAAACUAACACCCUACUCCGUGUGGCUGAAAGUAUUGCAUUUUUAAAACAAAUAUUUAUGUGCACCUUGUUUCUUUCCACGUUGCAAUGAUGUAUAAACAAGACAUGAUAUUUAUUUGUUCUUCUUUCAAGGACCCUUCCACGCCAACAAUAUUUAUCAUGUGUUAAGGUCACGGGUCUUAUGUGCAGUUUUUUUUAAUUAGCUUCUU